CUCGUUCAUCUCCCUCCGUACGCUCCUUUGACCCCCGGAAUCCACCCAAGUCGCAGCCUCCUCAUCGCACUCCCGCGAGCCUCUCCACCAUGGCCGACGACAAGAAAAGGGACGACUACAAGAUAGACAUCCCCGAGCGGAGCGACGCCUAUGCCCGCGCCCCUUCACCCGUCAUGCGCAACUCGCGAUCGCAUUCCUUGACCGAGAACUCAAUGAUCGCCAUCCUCUCGUACUGCGGCUCCUCGAUAUUGAUGACCGUGACCAACAAAUACGUUCUGUCGGGCGUGGACUUCAACCUGAAUUUUUUCCUGCUCUGCGUUCAGUCUGUCGUGUGCGUCGUUGCGAUCCAGACGUGUAAGACUGCUGGCGUAAUCACAUAUCGGGACUUCAACAGCGACGAGGCGAAGAAAUGGUUCCCCAUCUCCCUCCUCCUUAUCGGCAUGAUCUACACCGGCACCAAGGCCCUCAAAUUCCUCUCCAUUCCCGUCUACACCAUCUUCAAGAACCUUACUAUCAUCCUAAUCGCAUACGGCGAGGUCCUCUGGUUCGGCGGCUCCGUCACGCCCAUGACGCUUUUCUCCUUUGGUCUCAUGGUCAUAAGCUCCAUCAUUGCUGCAUGGGCAGACAUCCGCCAUGCGCUGGGCACCAUUGGGGAAGCCACUACCCAAGCGACCGACGCCAUAUCAACCCUCAAUGCCGGAUACCUCUGGAUGCUGUUCAAUUGCUUCUGCACCGCCUCCUACGUCCUCGGCAUGCGCAAGCGCAUCAAGCUGACCAACUUCAAAGACUUUGACACAAUGUACUACAACAACCUCCUCACCAUCCCCAUCCUCCUCGUCGCCUCGCUCUUCAUCGAGGACUGGUCCUCGGCCAACAUCCUCAAAAACUUCCCCCCCGACCAACGCAACUCCAUCAUCCUCGCCAUGGUCAUCUCCGGCCUCUCCUCCGUCUUCAUCUCCUACACCUCCGCCUGGUGCGUCCGCGUCACCUCGUCGACGACCUACAGCAUGGUGGGCGCCCUGAAUAAGCUCCCCAUUGCGAUUAGCGGGUUGAUCUUCUUCGACGCGCCGGUCACGUUCGGGAGUGUGAGUGCCAUCUUUGUGGGGUUCGUGUCGGGGAUUGUGUACGCGUUGGCCAAGGUGAGGCAGUCGAGGAAACCGAAGGAUACGCUGCCUACGCAUAAUAUGCCGAUGAUGCCCGUGUCGGCUAGUAGCCAGAGCAUGAGGGAUGGACUGAAGUCAUAGGGGGUAAAAGAAGAGAGUGGGGAGAAACCACAGGGGAAUGGAGGUGGGUGUUGGAAAUUCGUCGGUAUUGCAUAGAGGGCGCAAGUUUUCCCUUUUUUUCAUAUGGGA